CCCUCCUCCUCUCCCUCCCUCCUCCCCUCCUUCUUGUCUCCGGAUCUCCCUCAAUCCCUCUCUCCUCCUCUUCCUCUCUCCUCCUCUCUCCGGACGCCAGGCUCCUCCGCACCCCCUCCCCUGGGAACCCCGCGGCAUUGCUCCUCACCUCACCUCAAGGCGACCAUGGCCACCAUUCCGGACUGGAAGCUACAGCUGCUAGCCCGGCGCCGGCAGGAGGAGGCCGCUGUUCGUGGCCGGGAGAAGGCGGAGCGGGAGCGGCUGUCCCAGAUGCCAGCCUGGAAGCGGGGGCUCCUGGAACGCCGCCGGGCCAAGCUUGGUCUGUCUCCUGGGGAACCUAGCCCUGUGCCUGGGACUACGGAGGCUGGACCUCCAGACCCAGAUGAGUCUGCCGUCCUCCUGGAGGCCAUCGGGCCAGUGCACCAGAACCGAUUCAUUCGGCAGGAGCGCCAGCAGCAGCAGCAGCAGCAGCGGAGUGAAGAGCUACUUGCGGAGAGAAGGCCUGGACCUUUGGAGACCCGGGAGCGGAGACCCAGCCCUGGGGAGAUGCGGGAUCAGAGCCCCAUGGGAAGAGAGUCAAGAGAAGAGCGGCUCAGUCCCAGGGAGGCCAGAGAGAAGAGGCUGGGGAUAGGGGGAGCCCGAGAGUCGAGCCCCAGGCCUUCUGAGGCUCGGGACUGGAGGCAGAGCCCAGGAGAGGCUGGAGACAGGAGCUCCAGACUGUCAGAGGCGCGGAAAUGGAGGCUGAGCCCUGGAGAAACUCCAGAGCGGAGUCUGAGGCUGGCAGAGCCUCGAGAACAAAGCCCCAGGAGAAAAGAGGUGGUGGAAAGUCGACUGAGCCCAGCAGAGUCUGACAACCAGAGGCAGGGCCUGACAGAGGCCCACAAAUGGAGAUCUGACUCUAGAGAGUCUCAGGAACAGAGUGUGGUACAACUGGAGGCUUCAGAGUGGAGGCUGAGCACAGGCGAAGAAAGAAAAGGCUGCUUGGAGGAAUGUGGGAGAAAAGAAGAGAGGCUAGUUCCAAGGAUGGCCCCAGAAGAGAUUACAGGGCUCUCAGAGACCCUGACACGAGAGGCCCCAGACAGCAGCUCUGGGGGAAUGGAGGCAGCAGAGCAGAGGCCCAGUCCUAUGGAGGAUGGCGAGAAGGGCUUGAGGCUGACAGAUGGGUGGAAAUGGACCCUGAACUCUGGGAAGGUUCGAGAAUGGACACCCAGGGACACAGAGAUUCAAACUCAGAAACCGGAACCUCCAGAGUCUGCUGAGAAGCAUCUGGGGCCUCUUGGUGCAGAGGCUGGAGAUGGAGAGGCUGAGAAGAAGGAGGCGGGGGCUCAGGGCAGGCCUCUGAGCGCCCUGCAGAACCGCUGCUCUGUGCCCUCCCCCCUCCCACUAGAGGACGCUGGGACUGGAGGCUCUAGACUGCAGGAAGAGGAAGCAGUGGAACUCCGGCCCCCAUCAGCAGCCCCUCUUUCUCCCCCACCCCCAGCCCCACCUGGCCCCCAGUCCCCUGGUGAUCCCCUCAUGAGCCGUCUGUUCUAUGGAGUGAAGGCAGGGCCAGGGGUUGGGGCCCCCCGCCGCAGUGGGCACACCUUCACAGUCAACCCCCGGCGGUCCGCGCCCCCUGCAGCCCCCACCACUCCAGCCACCUCAGCCACAGCUGAUGCUGCAGCCCCGGGGUCUGGGAAGAAGCGGUACCCGACUGCCGAGGAGAUCUUGGUUCUGGGGGGCUACCUCCGCCUCAGCCGCAGCUGCCUUGUCAAGGGGUCCCCUGAAAGGCACCACAAACAGCUCAAGAUCUCCUUCAGCGAGACGGCCCUGGAGACCACGUACCAGUACCCCUCCGAGAGUUCGGUGCUGGAGGAGCUGGGCCCGGAGCCUGAGGCCCCCAGUGCCCUCAGCCCCCCAGCGGCCCAACCCGACGACGAAGAGGAUGAGGAGGAGCUGCUGCUGCUGCAGCCUGAGCUCCAGGGCGGGCUGCGCACCAAGGCCCUGAUAGUGGAUGAGUCCUGCCGGAGGUGACCUUCUUCCAACACAGGGAUAUACCUCCCUCCUUCCUAGAACUGAAGAUCCUGGAGCCCAGAAGAUUCAGAACAGACAGACCCUGAAAAUGAGCCUGGCAGGGAAGGGCAACCAACAUCUUCCAGCUUGCUUUCCUCAUCCUAUUUCUGGGGGCAGAACGAAUGGCCCAAUUUCCACCCUCACCCCAGGUCUUGGUGUGAGUGUGUCAGACGUGCUGGUGCAUGCUAGGUGAUCCAAGAGUGAGCACCAAGUUCUGGGGAGGAGCACAGAGCUCACAGCGGGCUGGAGAUGGAGUACCCUCUCCAUCUCCAUGAGCAGGGUACACUCUCCCUACAGCUUUCCUUGACCCCCCACCACCCCCUGGGGCUCUCAGGAUGUCAGCACUCAUCUCCCUGGGAGGCCUGGCCCCCACUCCAUUUCUAGGCACUUCUCCCUCCUGUUCCUUAGGUCACUGCCCCUUUGUCUACAGCUCCUGCCUCCUCUCUUGACCACAGCCAGGUUUACAAACCCCACCAGCUCCCAGCCCCACCUGCCAAAGUCCCAGGUUUACAAGCCACGCCUACUUGCCGUGUACAUGUGGAGUCCUCUCCCCUGUCCCCUGUUGUUGCCUCACUGGGAGUGACCUGGGGGUGUGGCUUCCUCCACUUUUGCUCAGUAUUAUUGUGCCUCGGUUUUCCCCAAGAGGGAAGGCUGGGAAUCUUAACUCCGUUCCCCCAUCUAGUUAUUUAAUUCUGUUCCUCCUAGUGGUUCACAAUUGAAUUGAAUUGCAGGGGUGUGGGGUGACUAAGGAGGCACCUCGACUCUCUCAGUUCUCCUUCCUUCUCCAUUACCUGUUUUUGUUAUUUUUUAAACUUUCCGUAAUAAAAUGGAGCGCUCCGAC